AUGCAGGCGGGCGGCUCGCAGGCAGGCCCCUCCUCUCGAGAGGAGCCCGCGGGCCGGCCCUCGGGGAAGAAGGCAAGUGUCCCGAUGGAGGAGGAGCUUAGGGGCCGGUCGUGGGCCACGCCGCCCGACAGAGUUUCGGGCAGGAAGCGCGACGGCGCGGAGCUCGCGCGCUGCUCGGGCUUCUGGAGCGCCGAGGGGGAGCGCGCAGAGGCGGCUGCGUCGGGCAGCGCCGCGGGCGAACGACCCUCCAAGUCUCCCCGUCGGGACGGGGAGACGGCGCUCGUGCACCCCCGCGCAGAGCUGGACGAUCUGCAGAGGGGCCUCGUGCGGCAGUUCGUGAGCACCAUCGACGCCAACGAGGAGUCGAUCGUCAUCACAAACCCGCGCGCCCAGGGCAACCCCAUCGUCUGGGUCACCCGGCCGUGGCAGGACAUGUGCGGCUUCACGUACGGCGAGGCGGUGGGCCGCAACCCGCGCCUCACGCAGGGAGCGAGAUCCGACCCGGCCGUCGUGUCGGCCAUCUCUGGCGCGCUCAAGCAGGCACACUCGACGCCAACCCGCGCCGCCUCUCGCCUCGCCGCCCCGCCUCGGCCCGCCGCCUCUGCUUAG